GCAAUUACAAUCAACGCAUUAUGGUUUGUCGCGCUAGUGCUCAGUCUAGGCGCGGCGUCCAUUGCCAUCAAUGUGAAGCAGUGGCUCACGAAUUACGUCGCCCCGGACACUGUUGAUGCUUAUCAACGGGUACGGUUAUGGUCACUUCGUCACCAUGGCCUAAUGGCAUGGAAUGUCCCAGAGAUCAUUGCACUCUUACCAUUACUUCUGCAGUCAGCUCUGACCUUUUUCUUGGCAGGGCUCUUGGUCCUUCUUUGGACCCUGGACAUUGCUGUUGCCUGUUGUGUUGCUGUGCCAGUGGCAGCAUUGCUAUCAUUCUCUGGGGCCACACUUGCCAUUCCAGCACUUGCUGCAGAUUGUCCAUACAGGUCACCACAAGCAUGG